GCUUCAUAUUAGCAAGGAGCUCAUCCGCAUUCAAGACACGACCCUGACCGCGCACUCCACAUGAACAUGAGCGUGGCCCUCCCCCUCUCAUCCACCACUCCAUAUCGCGAUUGAACCUCCGACUUCUCGGCUCAUCACAACAUUUGCUCCCCUUGCGAUAUUGCAGCGUGAGCAAUGGAGACCGAUGACGACAUGCGUCCCGAGCCGCCGGUGCUUGAGCGAGACGGCUUCCAGCUGAGCCAAGAUUAGCGGCUCACAGUGGCCGGGAUCGAGCGCAUGGACAGCCGACGUAUGGCGGUGCUCCUCCACCCGGAACACUACGCGGACGAGAUCCGCACGCAGAGUGAACGGGAUGAGAUUCUGGACGAGAUGCACCGACUGUUCGUGAAGCCUUGGUUCGCUGCUCAACUGACGCACUACGGGAUCAAGUUCGCUGCGACAGCGUCGCUAGAUCGGCUCUGGAAUAUUCUUGAGAAGGCGGUCGACUCGGGAAAGGUAAGCAACGCAUCUCGCCUCUUCAUUCGGUGCAAAGCCGCCGACGCCUACAACGAAGACACAGGGACGCCGCUCACCCUCGACAUAUCCAUCACCAAGGGCGGCACGCACCUCGCCGCGCAUGACUUCGGCCUGUUCGAGGGGACCAUGGUCCUGAGCCACUCGGAAGAGAAGCUCAAGUUCCUGGACGACAUCGAGGGCAAGCAGGAUUCCGAAGCCUCCCAAGAUGAAUAUGAGUCUGACGGCCGCGGGUACGAGUCCGAGUCAGACGACGACCUCAAGCAGAAAGAGACGAGCCUGGCGCAGAAGGUCGCCUCGGGAAAACGCAAGGCGACGAGCGCGGCCGAGGGCGGACCGACCAAACAGAAGGGGAAGAAGCAGAAGAAGACGGGGAUGGUGCCGUCUCUGUCCCGCCGGGUCUACUACAGAAUGUGAGGCCGCGAGACGG